UUUGGCAGUAUUGCUGUGCUCUAGCCAUUGUUUAAAUGGGAAGUUCAUUCAUCAGCUGGUCUGUGGGGGAGAGAGAGAGAGAGAGAGAGAGAGUGAGUGAGUGAGUGAGUGAGUGAGUGAGUGAGAGAGAGAGUGAGUGAGUGAGUGAGAGAGAGUGAGAGAGAGUGAGAGAGAGUGAGAGAGAGAGAGAGAGAGCGAGCGAGCCAGCCUGUCUGCCUUUUGGAGGAGAGGAUUGAGUGAGAGCACCUCACGGGAGCUCUGAAAGUUCGAACAAUGUGACCCAGAGGGGCAAGCCCUUGCAGAGCAAGCUUUGAUGGCAAAGUGAUUGAGAAAAAAGAGGCAGGUCAUGUCUCACUGGCUCCCUGCUAAAGGCGAGAGAUACGGGGUGGCCAUCUACAACUAUGAUGCCGCUCAGGAAUUGGAGCUGUCACUGCAGGUGGGGGACACUGUACACAUCCUCGAGACGCACACAGGCUGGUAUAGAGGAUACUGUCUUCAGAACAAAUCGAAAAAGGGCAUUUUCCCGGCCACGUACAUUCAUUCGAAAGAGCCGAAAGUGGAAGGAGCGAGCAGGCAGGAGGAAGCGGUCAUCGCUGGUGAGGUGCCCCUGGUCCAAGAGCUCAAUACCACCCUGCGGGAAUGGGUUGUCAUCUGGCACCAGCUGUACCUGCGCGGCGACCAAACCACGUUUGACCAUGUGCGAGACAUGGCGUACAAUCUGAUGGAAUGGCGUUCCCAGAUCCUGUCGGGAACGCUGCCAAAGGACGAGCUGACAGAGCUGAAGGGCAAGGUCAUUGCUAAGAUUGACUACGGGAACAGAAUCCUGGGGCUGGACCUGGUCGUUCGGGAUGAACAGGGAAACAUCUUGGACCCAGACCUCACCAGCACCAUCGCACUGUUCAAAGCUCACGAGUCCAUCUCCAGGGGAAUUGACGAGAGGAUUCAGGAGGAGAAGUCCAGGACCCACAGUAUGGAAGUGUGCCAUCAGUCUAUUUUCUGUCACACGCACACCUACAGCAUCUACAUCCACCUCAGGAAUUUUGUCUGCAACAUUGGAGAGGAUGCAGAGCUGCUCAUGUCCUUGUAUGACCCAGUUCAGUCUGAGUUCAUCAGCGAGAACUUCCUGGUGCGCUGGGCCAGGCCUGGGACCCCCAAGGAGAUCGAUCGACUGAACAAGUUGGAGGUGCUGUUCACAGACCUGAGCAGCAGUGACCUGAUCCGGUUGAAGAUCAGCCUGGUGUGUCAGAUUGUCCGAGUCGGCCACAUGGAGCUGAAGGAGGGCAAGAAACACACCUGCGGUCUCCGGCGGCCAUUCGGGGUGGCAGUCAUGGACAUCACGGAUUUAAUGGGAGGUCGGAACGAUGAUGAGGAGAAGCAACACUUUAUCCCAUUCCAGCAGAUCGCCAUGGAGACGUACAUCCGGCAACGCCAGCUCAUCAUGUCGCCCCUCCUGACUUCCCGCGCCAUUGGCGAGAACGAGGCCCUCCCCUCCGUCUUCAACAAGAUCAUCGCUGCCAAGGAGGUCAACCACAAAGGUCAAGGACUGUGGGUCUCGAUGAAGCUGCUCCCAGGGGACAUCCGGCAGGUCCAGAAGAACUUCCCGCAUCUGGUCGACAGAUCUAUCACGGUCGCUCGGAAGAUGGGGUUCCCGGAGAUCAUCCUGCCCGGAGACAUCAGGAACGACAUCUACAUCACCCUGGUCCAAGGAGAGUUCGACAAGGGCAAGAAGAAGACGCCAAAGAACGUGGAGGUGACGAUGGGGGUCUACAGCGAGGACGGGCAUCUGAUGGAGAGAGCCAUAUUCCCGGGAUGUGGUGAUCAGGGGAUCUCGGAAUACAAGUCUGUGGUCUACUACCAGGUGAAGCAGCCGUUCUGGUAUGAGACAGUGAAGGUGGCCAUUCAGAUUGAAGAGGUCCGCUGUUGUCACCUCCGGUUCACCUUCCGGCACCGAUCCUCGCAGGAAUCCAAGGACCGAUCGGAAAAGCUGUUCGGGAUGGCAUUCGUGAAGCUCAUGAGACCAGACGGUACCACCCUCCGAGACGGGAGGCACGAUUUAAUUGUAUAUAAGGGUGACAUGAGGAAGGCAGAAGAUCCCAAGUGCUACCUGACACAGCCGGGGACCAAAGAGGAGCAGAAGGCGAGAGAGAAUCAGGGUGGCAGGGGCAUGCACACCUCCUUGGCCGCCAUCAAUGACAGUUUUGAGAUCGCCACGCUGGUCUGCUCCACCAAACUCACGCAGAACGUCGACCUGCUGGGCCUAUUAAACUGGCGAUCGAGUCCGCAGAGUGUCGAGGGAAGCCUCAAGCGGCUGAUGGAGGUGGACGGCGGCGAGAUUGUGAAGUUUCUGCAGGACACACUCGACGCCCUUUUCCAAAUUAUGAUGGAGGUUUCUGGUGGGGAGACGUAUGACUUCCUGGUCUUCGAUGCGCUGGUCUUCAUCAUCUCCCUGAUCGGAGAUAUCAGGUUUCAGCAUUUUAAUCCCGUCUUGGAAGCUUACAUCACAAAUCACUACAGUGCAACGCUGGCUUACGUAAAGCUGACCAAGGUGCUGAACUAUUAUGUGGCAAAUGCAGAGAGUGCGCAGGAAACUGACCACCUUUUCGCUGCUUUGAAGGUUCUGAAGUACAUCUUCCGUUUCAUCAUCCGGUCCCGGGAACUGUACCUGCGGAUGUAUUCAAAUCGGGGCCAGGACGACGAGUUCAACAAUUCUAUUCGAACGCUGUUCCUCUCCUUCAAUUUACUGAUGGACAGGCGGCUGCAGGAGUCGGUGAAGAUUAAGGGAGCGGCAUUGAAGUACCUGCCAACCAUUGUCAACGAUGUCAUGCUGGUGUUCGACCCUGUCGAGCUCAGCAUUCUGUUCGCCAAGUUCAUCGGGAGUGUCCCAGAGAGCCAGCUGGUGCGGCAGAAACUCACGUCCAUGUGUAAGGUGGUAGACAGCAAGCUCUUCAAACAGCCAGAUUGUCGGGACAUUCUGCUCCCUCUGAUCGUCGACCAGCUGAGCGGACAACUUGACGACAGCUCGGCCAAGCCAGACUGUGAAGCAUGUUCGAACCUCCUGAGCACCAUGCUCCAGGUCCUGGACAGAGCUGAUAUUGGUCCCCGUCAAAUGCACAUCCAGAUGGUAAUGGAACGGUUACUGAGGAGGAUCAACCGCGCGGUGAUCGGCAUGACCCGUCAGUCCAGCCACAUCGGCCCGUUUGUUGCCUGCAUGAUCGCCCUUUUGAACCAGAUGGAUGACCACCAUUACGCGCACUACAUCAACAUCUUCAAGACGAGCCAUGACAUCAUCGACUUCCUGAUGGAGACAUUUAUCAUGUUUAAGGAUCUCAUUGGGAAGGCAGUGUAUCGAAAGGACUGGAUGGUAAUGAACAUGGUGCAGAACAGGGUCCUCCUCCGCGCCAUCACUCAGUUUUCGGUCGUGCUCACUGAACGCUUCCUCGACCCGGCGAACUUCGAGCUGCAGCUCUGGAACAAUUACUUUCAACUGGGAGUGGCGUUCCUGGUCCAGGACCCGCUGCAGCUGGAGACCUUCUCCGUGGAAAAGCACCAGAAGAUUGUGGACAAAUACGGGGACAUGCGAAAAGCAAUUGGCUUCCAGGUUCGGGAUAUGUGGUACAGCCUGGGUCCCCACAAGAUCAAGUUCAUCCCGGGAAUGGUUGGACCAAUCCUGAAGAUGACCCUGGUGCCCGAGCCCGAGCUCCGACGAGCUACGAUUCCCAUCUUCUUCGACAUGAUGCAGUGUGAAUACGGCGUGAACCACUCAUUUCACAUGUUUGAGAAUGAACUCAUCACAAAACUUGACCAAGAGGUGGAAGGAGGACGGGGAGAUGAACAGUACAAGGUCAUUCUGGAAAGAAUCUUGCUGGAGCACUGCAGGGAGCACGGCUACCUGGUGACGUCGGGCGAGGCCUUCGUCCUGCUGCUGAGCAGCCUCCUGGAGAAGCUACUGGACUACCGGACCAUCAUGCACGACGAGAGCAAGGAGAACCAGAUGUUCUGCACAGUUAGCGUCUUGGCGUUCUAUAAGGAAAAGAAACGGGAAGAUAUUUACAUCAGGUACCUGUACAAACUGCGGGACUUGCACUGUGACUGCGAAAACUACACAGAGGCCGCUCACACCCUCCUGCUCCACGCUGAGCUGCUGCAGUGGUCAGACCAGCCGUGCUCCGCCCACCUCGCCCACCGGGACCAUCACCAAGCGCUGACCAGCAGGGAGCUGAAGGAGCGGCUCUACCAGGAGAUCAUCUGCUACUACGACAAGGGAAAGAUGUGGGAGAAUGCCAUCAAACUGUGUAAACAGUUGGCCUCUAUGUAUGAGAUGGAGGUCUUCGAGUAUGAGGAGCUCAGUCGCUUGCUGAAACAGCAGGCCGCCCUCUACCAGAACAUCAUGAGUGCCAUGAGGCCCAUCCCGGAGUACUUCGCGGUGGGUUAUUACGGCCAAGGCUUCCCGUCCUUCCUGAGGAAUAAAAUGUUUAUUUACCGCGGGAAGGAGUACGAACGUUACGAGGAUUUCCGACUGAAGCUGACCACCCAGUUUCCCAAUGCCAAGAAGAUGACCAGCACCUCUCCACCCAGCCAAGAGUUGAAAGCCUCCCCGAGGCAGUAUAUUCAGUGUUUCACCGUGAAACCAGUUCUAAACCUGCCACCUCAGUACCAGGACAAGCCUGUCCCCGAGCAGAUCUUAAACUUCUACCGAGUGAAUGAGGUCCAGCAGUUCCAGUACUCCAGGCCGUUCAGGAAAGGAGAGAAAGAUCCCGAGAACGAAUUUGCGACGAUGUGGAUCGAAAGAACGACGUACACGACGAUGUACAAAUUCCCCGGCAUCCUCCAGUGGUUUGAGAUCAAGGCUAUGACAACCGAGGAGAUUAGCCCUCUGGAGAAUGCCAUCGAGACCAUGGAACGGACAAAUGAAAGGAUUAGCAACAUGGUCCAACAGCAUGCCUGGGACAGCUCGCUCCCUGCCCACCCCCUCUCCAUGCUCCUCUCUGGAAUAGUCGACG